AUGAGCGCUCAGGAGAGGUUAACUUGUCGGAACCAUGAAACGAUACAAUCGCAUCUCGGUACUCGUAUCGCCUUGCGCAAAGCGCGUGGCUUCACAGUGCUCUGCAAGACUCAGUAUAGCAGCGCUUACAUGUCACAUCGGAGUGCGUUCUUUGUGCUCCCCGGUGAGGUGACUGGAAACGCCGAAGAACUUGCUUAUAAUGCUUCUGGCGUGUUCUACAAGUGGGACUUGGAGCUGCGUUCGCUCUACGCUGGAGUCUUAACCUGCUCCGAGCAGUGCGCAACUUCUGCAAAGGCUGCGCAACGACUAGCAACAGUGCAGUGUGACCUCGAAAACCCCAGGGGUGACCAAAAAGCUAGCGCACUUAUACCGAGACCAGGAAAACGCGUCAUUGCUGUUGUUUUGAGGGUCAACAGACGCCAGGCGACUGCACUGAUUCUUCAUGUGGGGACAGUUCCAGCGAAAAGCGAAUUUAUAGGUGUUGUCCGUCAACAGGAUAUUCAGGAGGAUAACUGGGACUCGGUGCGCGUCUACGACCAUUUGCAACCGGGCGACCUUAUUGCAGCGGUCGUGCUCUCAGAUCUAGAGCAGAAGCACUAUUACCUUCGCGUGGCAUCGAUGCCUUUUUUAAUUCGGCGAUAA